UCCCCCCCUCCCUCUCUCUCUCUCCUCUGUGUUGAUAAAACUUGCAUUUUAUAUACCUACAUAGUCACAACCCAUUCCCUUAUUUGCGCCCAUUAACCAGCUUAGAUUCAGCAAAACAGUGUCCAGACUGUAGAAUUCGGUGAAAACGUGUGUAGAAAUGUGACUGUUUAUGAUUUGGAAUUGGGCAUGCAUGUUUGGCUUAAAGAAAAAGGUGAAGACAUCAUAGGUGACCCACCAGAGAGGCCCAGGGUGCUUUGGACAGUUGCGAUCCAUGGUUUGAACACCACCUGUUUGACAAAAAUGCCCAAGGAAAUCUACCAACAGGAACAUCUCCAUCUGGGUCUCUGUCUCCUUGUUCUGUACCUUUCUUUAACCCCCAAUAUCCUCUUUCUUUCCUCUAAAAAUUUCCAUUCCCUUCUCUUUGCGUUUCCCCUGUGUCAGAUGGACAAGCACCACCAUCAGCAGCAGUUGUCACUAACCAAGUGCUCGCGGCAGAGAUACAAUGAAUGGAUAUUCCGGGACGUUCCAAGUGACAUUACUAUAGAAGUGACAGGGGGAACAUUUGCCUUGCACAAGUUCCCUCUUGUCUCCCGGAGUGGGCGAAUCAGAAAGUUGGUAGCAGAACACAAAGAUUCCAAUAUUUCAAGGAUAGAGCUCCUCAACCUACCUGGAGGAGCUGAGUCAUUCGAACUGGCUGCCAAAUUCUGCUAUGGAGUCAACUUCGAGAUCACAUCGGCAAAUGUUGCUCAGUUAUGCUGUCUGUCCGAUUACCUCGAUAUGACUGAGGAGUUUUCAAAAAGCAAUCUCAGUUCCCGUGCCGAAGAAUAUCUCGACACUAUCGUAUGCAAGAACCUUGAAAUGUGUAUUGAGGUGUUGCAACAAUGCGAAAAUCUACUCCCACUUGCUGACGAGCUAAACAUAACCAAUAGAUGCAUUGAUGCAAUAGCUUCCAAAGCUUGUGUAGAGCAAAUUGCUUCAAGUUUUUCGCGUCUAGAGUACAGCAGCUCAGGUAGACUUCACAUGAACCGUCAAGUCAAAUGCGAAGGGGACUGGUGGAUAGAAGAUCUUUCUGCUCUCCGGAUAGAUUUUUAUCAAAGAGUCAUAACGGCUAUGAAGUGUCGUGGGGUCCGGCCUGAGAGUAUAGGUGCAUCUCUCAUGAGUUAUGCUCAAAAAGAAUUGACAAAGAAAUCAAGCCUAUGGAAUCCAUCUAGCCAGCCGAAGUUUGAGACUGUUGAUGGUUCAAAUGGGCAAGAAAGAGUAGUUGUGGAGACAAUCGUUAGCCUUUUGCCGGUUGAGAAACUUGUCAUUCCCAUCAGUUUUCUGUUCGGUGUUUUACGAAGCGCUAUGAUGCUUGAUUGUGCAGUUGCUUGUAGGCUUGAUUUAGAGAGACGGAUCGGGGCCCAGUUGGAUAUAGCUACUCUUGAUGAUCUUUUGAUCCCCUCCUUCCGCCAUGCUGGUGACACUAUGUUUGAUGUCGACACAGUCCACAGAAUCUUGGUUAAUUUCUCUCAGAAAGAUGAUAGCGAGGACGAUAUGGAGGAUGGUUCUGUCUUUGAAUCGGAUAGUCCUCAUUCGCCCUCACAAUCAGCACUAUUCAAAGUCUCGAAAUUAGUGGACACUUACUUGGCUGAAAUUGCACCUGAUGCAAACCUCAAGCUCAACAAGUUCAUAGCAAUUGCAGAUACCUUGCCCGGGCAUGCACGUACUCUUCACGAUGGGUUGUACCGAGCAAUUGAUAUUUAUCUCAAAGCUCAUCAGGGUUUAUCAGAUCCAGACAAGAAGAACGUAUGCCAGCUGAUUGACUUCCAAAAGCUCUCCCAAGAAGCCGGUGCACAUGCUGCGCAAAACGAACGCCUUCCUCUCCAAUCGAUGGUGCAAGUGCUUUAUUUUGAACAGUUAAAGCUCCGGAAUGCCUUGUGCUGCUCUAACCCUGACGAUGACCUAAAACCAGUGCACCAGUCGUGGCGGGUUGGCAGUGGUGCACUCAGUGCCUCCAUGUCUCCACGGGAUAACUAUGCUUCAUUGAGGAGAGAGAACCGGGAGCUGAAGCUUGAGCUAGCUCGUUUAAGGAUGAGACUAAACGAUCUAGAGAAAGAGCACGUCUGUAUGAAGAGGAAUAUGGAGAAGUCUAAUUCCCACAAAUUCAUGAGCUCAUUUUCCAAAAAGAUUGGAAGGUUUAGCUUUUUUGGUCAUAGCUCUUCAAGGGAAUCGAGUUCUCCCUCGAAGCAUUCGGAAGGGAAGGAGUCAAAGGUAAUGGAAGGGACAUGAGCACGCCUAUUAGGUAAAAUUCACUUCGCUUGUUUGUUUUCUUUCAACUUUUUUUCUAUCGAGUAAUUACAAGUAAUGUUGUUGGUGAUCUGGUUUUGUUCUUCCUCGUUGGUCUCGAUACAAGAGUUGUAGUGCUUUGGAUUAGCCACAGGAAGGAGUUCUGUUAUUUACAAGUCUGUUGUAAUUAGAAGAUUUUCUAGUGUACAAAGGUGAGAGACAAUUACUAAAUAUGUGAUACUGCUGUCAAAUUCAUGUCAAUGUAAUGAUUUUCGCUUUUUGUAGCUGGUAAAUGGAUGAACGAGUUUCACA